AAGAUCAGUCAUAAUAAAAGCAUUGCUGGAUAAACAACGCAAAAUGUCGAGUUCGGGAAUUGUACUGUAUGGAGUGGACCUAAGUCCCUGUGUGAGGACCGUCAAACUGACUCUCAAGGCCCUGAAUUUGGACUACGAAUACAAGGAGGUGAACCUACAGACGGGUGAGCAUCUUCAAGAGGAUUUCCUUAAGAAGAACCCCCAGCACACGGUGCCGGUACUGGAUGACAACGGAACUAUCCUCUGGGACUCCCACGCCAUUGCCGCCUACUUGGUAGACAAGUACGCCAAGUCCGACGAGCUGUAUCCCAAGGAUCUGGUCAAGCGGGCGAUCAUCAAUCAGCGUCUGUUCUUCGACGCCAGCGUAAUCUUUGCCAAUUUGGCCAACGUGAGUGGUCCCUUCUGGGUGAACGGAAUCACUGUGGUGCCCCAGGAAAAACUGGACAACCUACAUAAAGGUCUGAAGCUGCUGGAGACCUUCCUCGACAGCACUCCUUAUCUGGCCGGCGAUUCACUGACCCUCGCCGACCUGAGCACUGGACCCACUGUUACCGCCCUGCCCGCUGCUGUGGACAUUGAUCCUGUGGUCUAUCCCAAGGUCACCGCCUGGCUGGAUCGCCUUAACAAGAUUCCCUACUUCAAGGAGAUCAACGAGGGUCCGGCUCAGGGAUAUGUCAACUUUCUUCGCAGCCAGUGGACCAAACUAGGUGAUAAGUGAGCCAUGCACUGAUACUGAAUGAAAAGUACUACAAC